AUGUCACGAACAUCACGAACCCUCACAAACACAGACCUGGCAUUUCUUCUCUGCACCACAGCAGCCACAGCCCCCCAGACCAAUGGCAACUUUAGUCGACGAAGCUUCCGCCUUUCAUUUGAGACCGAUUACGGCCUCAUGCUCUCUCUCGAGCCCGACAAUUCCAUCACCAUCACUCUCAGCAAACCUCAAGACCAUGAGUACUCCGACCCCUUUAACAAUACCACGCCCAUCAAGUCACAGCAAUUCCGUCCCCCGGUCUCCGUUCCCACUCACUCACAUGGAAGAAGUAUCGACGGGGUGCUGCUGUCCAGCCCCGUGUCGUUAAACUUCAUGGGAACGGAGACGGGGAUGGGUGGAGCGACCAUAACCGCCGCUAGACCUAGAGGUCCACCACCGUCGACGCAUAUACCUCCUCCACCUCCAUCAACCGUUACCCCAACCUUGACACGAACUUCAAGUCAACGUCACAUCCAAACCCAAAGUCAAAGCAGUGCCAUCCCAAAGAAAAUCCAAUACUACAUCCGCCCCAGCCUAGACGCCAAGUCUUCCACGCACAUGUUUUACACCUCUUCUUCUUCUUCUUCUUCUUCUUCUUCUUCUUCUUCUUCUUCUUCUUCUUCUUCUUCUUCUUCUUCUUCUUCUUCUUCUUCUUCUUCUUCUUCUUCUUCUUCUUCUUCUUCUUCUUCCUCUUCUUCUUCUUCUUCUACUACUACACAACCUCACCAUCCAUGUCACUCAAGCGACACCACCACCACCACGACCACCACCACGACCACCAGCAACCCAAAACCCCGCCAACUCCACCGCGUCAAAGAAUCCCACCUCCAAUCCCUCUACCAUCAUCCUCCCUCCUCUUCCGCUUCCUCCUCCUCUUCUUCUUCCGCUCCCGCUUCUGCUUCCUCUUACACAAACUCAACCAACUCAUGGUUCGACUCCUACCUAGAUUGGACAGACAGGCUAGAAGAUGCGUGCGCCGCAUCUGCUGCCCAACAACCAGCAACGAGCAGUACCUUUAGUAAAACUCAAACACGUGAAAGUCAACAAGGGCCCUUUACAGACGAAGGAGAAAAGUCCCUCUGGCUAGUUGAGGGAUUACUCCUCGCCAGCUGGCUGUCGUUGCAGGAGGGGGUGGAAGCGGUGGAGUACGUGCCGUUUCCGUCAAGUGAGGUGUACCGCUUGGAGCAGCAUGGAAAUAAUGCCGGCGUGGCGAUGAGGAGGUUGUUGGAAAGGAUUGGAGUCGGGGAGUAAAUAGAGUCCUCGGGGGGGUAUUUAAAGAGUGUUUCAUCGAUGAGAACUACGCUGGAGACAAACCGGAGCGACUUGUGCCUAUGAUCAGGAUAUC